AUGGCUACAAUAGCAUUGAAUGUAACGUAUCAAGGACAACCAAAAAAGUUCACUGUUAAUAAAUCACAAACCAUAUCUCAAUUUAUAUCACAAUGCUUAACGAGCUACAACAUUGAUGGUAAUACAUUUAGUGCUGAAUUGUAUCACAACAACAACCACAAGGCAUUGGACUCAGCAUCACCCAUUAGGUUAACUAAUCUUUUGAAUAAUGCCAAACUUACACUCAAGGUGAAGAAACUUGAUCUUAACAAGGAAAUCAAUGUCAAAUUUAUCAGUGACAAAGGCACGGUGGUUAAGAAAUUCACUGUAGCUACUACUUUGCAUGACAUUGUUGAGCAAAUAAUGGGUCGGUUACUGAAACCAACCCAAUUGAGAAUAUUGGAUUUGGUGAUUGGGUAUGAAAAGUAUCUCACGACUACAUUGGGGUCUCUUGUUGGGAAUGCCAACAAUGUUGUUAUUCGAUUAGAGUAUCAGAAACUGACAAAUGAAAGGGAUGCAUUGUUUAAAAAACAACAAGAGGCCAAUAGAUUACAGUUGCAAGAGAUGCAGAAACGAAAGGAAAUGGAAGCUCAAAAGCGUCAUCAGGAGGAGCAAGAGAAGCAAAGGCUUAAAGCAGAGGAAGCAAAGUUGAAAAAGGUGAACAAAAACGUGUCAGAGGUUCUGGAGCCUCAAGAAGAUGCCGAAAUGAAAGACGCUGAUGAGGAAAUACCCUCAACAGCUACUGAGUCCUUGUCGGAUCCCAGUACUAGUGAUGUUGGCGCGCACCCUGGCCUUGAACCUGCUUCAGAAAGUGCAGCAUCUGAUUCCGAUUAUGUCUAUCAAGAAGAACCAGUUGAUGAAACACCCAAAUUGUACGUUCCCUCGAGUAAACCACAACCAACGUAUCAAAAUCCCGAUGAAGAUUACAACAUGACCAUUGACCAAGCAAAGACUUAUCAAAAUGUGAUUCGCAAUUCAGCCAAGAGACUGAAAAAGAUUGGAGUUGACACGAAAAAGCCAAGCAAGUAUUUUAUACGUGUUAAAUUCCCUGAUGGAGCCAUACUACAAAUCAAUUUUCUUGAAAAUGUCCAUCAAGUUAAAUUUGGCACAUUGGUUAAAAAGUUGGAUGAAUUAUUAAUUCCUGAAUUUAUCAAUACCUAUAAUUUGAAAAUUGGGUACCCACCAUUUACCAAAUUGAAUCAAUCAUUUGCCAUGAAUAACGAGUUACUACACAAUUUACAAGAUUUUCAAGCAGAACAAGUUGUUCUCAUAUGGGAAUUGAGUAAAGAAUCAAACAAGGCAGCGCAUAAUGGUCCAUUUUUGAAUAAUGAAUCAAAGGAUUUAGUGAUUAAACCAAGUGACGAAUUGCCAGCUAUAAAAUUGGCCAAACAUCGAAAUGAGUUACCACUGAAUGAACUGACAAAGUCAAAAGGGGCAAGUGGUGGUGGAUUUUUCAAGUCCAAAUCAAUGCAUAAAGAUGGUGGUGAUGAAGAUAAGGAUGGUGAAAAAAAGAAAUCCAAAUUACCUAAAUGGUUGAAAAUGAAGAAGUAA